CGCCACCCGGCUUCCAGCCUUAUGAGAAGCAGGCCGGUGCGUCGGGCAUCCUCUCAAUGCUGCAGCAGAUCCAGAGGUUACACACAGACACAGACAGAGGGAGAGAAAGAGAGAGACAUGAUGUGACAGUCAUUUGUGUGUGUGCGGGGUGUGCAGUGAUGCAGCGUCGAUGGAGCAGGAGGCCAUCCAUGACGAGCAGGAUGCUCAGUCCGCGUACGAGACGUUUGUCAAGGACAGCAACGCGUCGAUCGAGGCCAAGCAGCGGGACAUCACCGACAAGACGGAGUUCAAGGCCACCAGUGCAGCCGACCUCACUCAGACCAAGGAGGAUCACGCCGCCGUCAUCACCGAACUCGAACAGCUCGCCAGCUACGCCGCAUCGGUCCACCAGGUGCUCAUCUAACACCCUCAAGCACACGCACACACAGGAAGAGACCUUGGUGGGGUGUGUUGGUUACUGUAUUCCGUGUCAGGCGUGUGACUUCGUGUUGAAGAAUUUUGACAUUCGCCAGACGGCGCGGGACCAGGAGAUCGAGGCGCUGAAGCAGGCCAAGGCCAUCCUGUCAGGCAUGAAGUGAUCAAGACACACACACACACACACACACGCACACGCCUGCGUAGCUCUCCAUCGCAUACCUGGUCAGCCAGCGAGUGGAUAAAUCCAUUCAUUGUACGUGUGUGGGAACGACGUGUUGGUGUCGAUGUCGACAGAUGGACAGACUCCAGCUAGACACAUAGAGAUUGGUCAACCUUGAUGUGUGAGCAUUCACAUCAAUGUAUGUGUGGACGUGUAAAAGACAACCAACCAAGCUAAAACAAGUUGCGCCUGUGACGUCAACAUUGAGUAGACACUUGAGUCACCUCUGUCCAUGCAUUCAUCCACGAGAUGGAGUCGACACGUG